AUGGCCUCGCCGUCCUCCAUGCCUGCCCGUAUUCACAUCUUCCUCCUAGCAGUCCUGCUUUCUCCCGUCCCGUUUUCUUCUCCCGGUCCGACCAACGGCAGCGACACCGACCUCGCCGCCCUUCUGGCUUUCAAAGCGCAGCUCGCCGACCGUCUCGGCGUCCUUGCCGCCAACUGGACCACCGGCACGUCCUUCUGCCGCUGGGCCGGUGUCUCGUGCAGCCGGCGCAGGCAACGCGCCACCGCCUUAUCAUUGCCCGACAUGCCUCUCCUUGGGCCACUGGCACCUCAUGUCGGUAACCUCUCUUUUCUCUCCGUCCUUAACCUCAGGAACACCAAUCUCACAGGGCCUAUCCCUUCCGAACUUGGCAGGCUACGUCGUCUCAGAUUCCUCGGUCUUCAUCAAAAGAGCCUGUCAAAUGCCAUACCUGCUGCCCUAGGCAACCUCACGAGGCUCGAGUUUCUCUAUCUUCAUUUGAACCAGUUGUCAGGCCAGAUCCCUCCUCAGAUGAUGCUACGCAUGCGCAACCUUACACAGAUUAAUCUGUACGGGAACGGCUUGAGUGGACAAAUACCUCCGUAUUUGUUCAACAACACGCCUUUGUUGACGUUCGUUAACUUUGGGAACAAUAGCCUCUCAGGUCCUAUACCACACGCCGUUGCAUCACUAUCCAUGCUUGAAUUAUUAAGACUGGAUUUUAAUCAACUCUCUGGCCUGGUGCCACAAGCCAUGUUCAACAUGUCUAGAUUACAGGAAAUUUCCUUAGUAAAUAAUCGUAACCUGACCGGAACAUUUCCGAGCAAUCAAAGUUUCAGCCUCCCAAUGUUACAGGUUGUUUCCAUAUAUGGUAACAAAUUUGCCGGUCGGUUACCAUCAGGGUUUGCAUCAUGCCAAUACCUACAAGUAAUUGAUUUGCACGAAAAUUCUUUUGUGGAUGUUCUGCCGACAUGGUUGGCCAAAUUGACAAACCUCAAAAAACUUAACUUGGGUUUUAAUCACCUUAUUGGCUCGAUCCCAGCGGCCCUUGCUAGUCUUACCAAAGUCACUAAACUAACUCGCAAACGGCAGUCUAACAGGGGAGAUUCCACCAGAAUUAGGUCUUAUGCAGGAACUCUCUUAUCUUGA